GUGAGGCUGAGCCUGGCCGUGCGCGCUCCCAGAGGGCCAGCUCCUGAGACGGAGUUCCUUCUCCGCUGCUGCUGGCUCCGGGCCCCUCCUGCCCAGGGCAAUGCAUCCUUGAGUGGCGGCGUCUGGACCCCAGGCAGCCCCAGAGGACCGAAGCCAAAGAAAGAAGACUGGGGCCAAGACACCCGCUGGGGGCUUGGAUGCCUGGCUUUCUCUGAGGACAUCUUUGGAGCGAGGGUGGCUUUGGGGUGGGGGGUUGUGCUGCAGGGAAUCCAGCCAGGCCCCAAGAUGGACACUUCUGGGCACUUCCAUGACUCGGGGGUGGGGGACCUGGAUGAAGAGCCCAAGUGUCCCUGUCCAUCCUCCGGGGAUGAGCAGCAGCCGGCGGCGGCCCCCCAGCAGCCCCCGGGACCCCUGGUGCCGCCUCAGCCCGCACAGCUCCAGCCGCCGCCGCCACCGCCGCAUCCCUUGUCUCUGCUCGCCCAACUCCAGAGCCAGCCUGUCCAGCCGGGGCUGCUGCACUCCUCUCCCACGACGCUCAGGGGCCUCCCUUCGGCCAACUCCACCGCCGCCCUCCACCCUUCCUCCAGGCAGGGCAGCCAGCUCAAUCUCAAUGACCACUUGCUUGGCCACUCUCCAAGCUCCACAGCCACAAGUGGGCCUGGUGGAGGCGGCCGACACCGGCAGGCCAGCCCCCUGGUGCACCGGCGGGACAGCAACCCUUUCACGGAGAUCGCCAUGAGCUCCUGCAAGUACAGUGGUGGGGUCAUGAAGCCCCUCAGCCGGCUCAGUGCCUCCCGGAGGAACCUCAUCGAGGCCGAGCCCGAAGGCCAGCCCCUCCAGCUCUUCAGCCCCAGCAACCCCCCAGAGAUCAUCAUCUCCUCCCGGGAGGACAACCAUGCCCACCAGACCCUGCUCCACCACCCCAAUGCCACCCACAACCACCAGCACGCUGGCACCACCCCCAGCAGCACCACCUUCCCCAAAGCCAACAAGCGGAAAAACCAGAACAUUGGCUAUAAGCUGGGACACAGGAGGGCCCUGUUUGAAAAGAGGAAGCGGCUCAGUGACUAUGCUCUGAUUUUUGGGAUGUUUGGAAUUGUUGUUAUGGUGAUAGAGACCGAGCUCUCUUGGGGUUUGUACUCAAAGGAUUCCAUGUUUUCGUUGGCCCUGAAAUGCCUUAUCAGUCUGUCUACCAUCAUCCUUUUGGGUUUGAUCAUCGCCUACCACACGCGGGAGGUCCAGCUCUUCGUGAUCGACAACGGCGCGGACGACUGGCGGAUCGCCAUGACGUACGAGCGCAUCCUGCACAUCAGCCUGGAGAUGCUGGUGUGCGCCAUCCACCCCAUCCCCGGCGAGUACAAGUUCUUCUGGACGGCCCGCCUGGCCUUCUCCUACACGCCGUCGCGGGCGGAGGCCGACGUGGACAUCAUCCUGUCCAUCCCCAUGUUCCUGCGCCUGUACCUGAUCGCGCGCGUCAUGCUGCUGCACAGCAAGCUCUUCACCGACGCCUCGUCUCGCAGCAUCGGCGCGCUCAACAAGAUCAACUUCAACACCCGCUUCGUCAUGAAGACCCUCAUGACCAUCUGCCCGGGCACCGUGCUGCUGGUGUUCAGCAUCUCGCUGUGGAUCAUCGCCGCCUGGACCGUCCGUGUCUGCGAAAGGUACCAUGACCAGCAGGAUGUCACCAGUAACUUCCUGGGCGCCAUGUGGCUCAUCUCCAUCACAUUCCUGUCCAUCGGUUACGGGGACAUGGUGCCCCACACAUACUGUGGGAAGGGCGUCUGUCUACUCACCGGUAUCAUGGGUGCGGGCUGCACUGCCCUCGUGGUGGCCGUGGUGGCCCGAAAGCUGGAGCUCACCAAGGCGGAGAAGCACGUCCACAACUUCAUGAUGGAUACGCAGCUCACCAAACGGAUCAAGAAUGCUGCCGCCAACGUCCUCCGGGAAACGUGGCUGAUCUACAAACACACGAAGCUGCUGAAGAAGAUCGACCACGCCAAAGUCAGGAAGCACCAGCGGAAGUUCCUCCAGGCCAUCCACCAACUGAGGAGCGUCAAGAUGGAGCAGAGGAAGCUGAGCGACCAAGCCAACACCCUGGUGGACCUGUCCAAGAUGCAGAACAUCAUGUACGACCUGAUCACAGAGCUCAACGAUCGGAGCGAAGACCUGGAGAAGCAGAUCGGCAGCCUGGAGUCCAAGCUGGAGCACCUGGCUGCAGGCUUCAGCUCCCUGCCCCUCCUCAUCGCCGACGCCCUGCACCAGCAGCAGCAGCUCCUGUCAGCCAUCGCCGAGGCCCGGGCCGGCCCCGCGGGCGCUACUCACACGCCCCCAGCCUCCGACAGCCCCCUUGGGGUCAGCUCCACCUCCUUCCCGACCCCGUACACAAGUUCAAGCAGUUGCUAGAUAAGCCCCCCACUCCAGAAGCAUUGCCCAUAGGUCUUAAGAUGCAAAUCAACUCUCUCCUGGUCACUUUGCCAUCAAGGACCCAUCGGACCAGGGACCGUAAAGAGGAGAGACCGAGCUAACUACCCAACUCGUGUUCAUUCAGCGUGCUUGGUUCGAUAUGCCUUGAAACCAGAAAUCUAAUCUCUGUUUAGGUGCCUCUACUUGGAAGCAGGAAGCAGAGGUGAGAGGACGCGGGCCCUGGCAGCAGGGCUGGUGCAGAGCAGAAAUCCACGCUCCGUCUCAGGUCUCACGUGGGGGGCGGGGGGGCAGGUGCAUGAAGCAGCCAACAGAGAAAGAGCCCGGAAGAGGGUCCCACGGGGGUGGCGUCAGGCUCGGGCGGGGGUCCCUCAGCACCGGGGCCUCAGGAAGCCUCUGGGAGACAAAGGAAGAGCAGCCACAACUUGCCAAAACAGACAUUCUUUCCUCCCGUACCUUAACCAGUCAUAAAACCCAAUUUAGAC